CAACGAUCAAGAACUACUGGUGAAAUCUACCAUUGGUGAAGAAGUCUUCGGCUGGGGAAUUAGACGGAGGAAAGGAUUUGGCUAAGAAGCGAAUUUUAGUUGAUCAGAAGAUAUCAGUGCGGAUUUGUUAGUCAAUUGGUUAGGAGGACAGGAAUUUAUCCAACAUGAGGUUGAUGUGGUUCAUUUGCAUCGCCCUGAUGUGCUUGGCAAUCUUUGGUGAUUUUGCAGAUGCCAAAAAAGCCAAAUCCGAUAAAAAAUCCAAGGACAUUAAAUCUGCAGAAAAAGUCGACAAAGCAGUAAAACAUCACAAGGAAAAAUAUUUGCAGGACACUCAAAAAGGAUUCGAAAGCAAAAGGGAAAAGCGUGAGGUCAAGCAAACAGAUUCAUCCAAAGUCAUAGAAGAAUCUCCAAAAUCAGGCAAGUCUAAACGCAAAUGCACAAACCCUGAAGGUUGCUCCAAAAAUGCUGCCAAGCAAGAAGUACCAAACAAAAAGCAUAAAAAAGCUGUUGAAGCAGCUACUCAGGAAUUGAAAAAAUUGCCAAAGGAAAAGGUACAAAAAGUGAAACCAGUUGAUGCCCAAAAUGGCAAACCUGAGAAGACCCAAAAAAUAAAAACAGGAAAGAAAAACAAGAAAACCGAGGAAACUGUUGCAGCAAAUGAAGAAGCUCAAGUUGCCAAGAAACAAAAGAAAAACAAAUACACCAAAUCUGAAAAUGCUGAAGCUACUGUACAGGACAAAAAAUCUAAGAAAAACAAGAAAACCAAAAGAUCUGUUGAAGACAGUCAACUUUUGGAGGAACCUGAAAUCGCUGAAAUUUUUGAACCAGUAGAACAAGUCCAGGAGGAGGAAUCUUGCAACAAAGUUGAAAACCAGGAGGAAACUGAACACCAAGAAAAUGUUGAAGAAAAUAUUGAUGAUGAAAAUACUGAAAAUGAAGAAAACGUAGUUUCCAAACAUGAUCAUGAAGAAGAGGCUUCGAUUGUGGAAACUUUAUAGCUCUUAAAAGACGCAUUUUGUCAACGUGAUU